AUGCACCACGAGCUGUUCCUGGCGCUGCUGGGCCACACGGGCGACGUGGUGGAGCGCCGCGCCGACGGCUUCUUCGUGCGCAAGGAGGCGACCUUCCUGUCGCAGGCGCAGCGCAGCGUGCUGGACCGCCUGCUGCGCCUGGGCUUCGCGUGCUGGACGCUCGAGCGCUUCGUGCGCCAGGCGCCGACGCUGCCCGGCGUCUUCCUGCACGCGCUGGCGCAGGGCGUGGAGCGGCUGCUGCAGCGCUACGCGGACGCUGUCGUGGCGCUGGAGGCCAAGACGCUGCGGGCCAGCGCCGUCUUCCCCGUGUCCAACCUCGUGUUCGAGCUCGAGGAGUUCGUGGAGGUGCUGCCCGAGGUCUGCGCGCUGGUGCACAGGCUCACAGAGACGCAGCAGGACGGCAGCUGCAUCAAAGGAGCAAAGUUGCUGAGUGUACUGUACCAGAGCACAAGCUCUGGGUUCCCUAGAGUGGGCAGAGCAAUGCAGGAACUGCUGUACGCCUGUCAUCGGGUGCUGUUCAAGCAGGUGCUGGCGUGGAUGGUGUACGGCGAGAUUGUGGACCCGUACCAGGAGUUUUUCCAGUUCGCGAUGGACUUGGAGGCGGUGCCGCUGGAUUACUUCCCGACUUCUGUGGCCGAGAGUGUGUUUGUGAUUGGCAAGGCGGUGCAUAUCCUGACUCGAGCCAACCAGUUCUCGCCCAGGGAGGUGCAGGACGUCGUGACGGCGAUCUCGGCGUUGGCGAGGCGACCAGUGUUUGAUGUCGUGGCAGUCGAGCACGAGGUGGAGAAAGUGCGCCGGCAUGUUGCGGGUCGGUUGCAUGAGGAGGUCGUGGUCAAGUCGGACUUUGUUGGAUACCUGCACGUGCUGAAGGGGUUCUUCCUGCUGUCACGCGGUGAAGUUUUCCAGACGUUCAUUGAGCGGAGUUUCGACAUGAUGUUAAUGAGGCCGACAUCAAAGUCGGAAGAGGACGUGAACCACGGCGCCUGGCGAGAGAUUGUGCGUGAUUUAAUACCGGAAGACGAACCGUGGGGACGCGACUUCGAGCUGCAGCUCCCGCUCCAAACGUUUGCGUUGAAAGGCUUCCCAUCGACGGAUGGUUUGCUCCUGUCCAACGUAUCGCGCGUGGAAGAGAGCGGAUCUGUGUGGUGGCGGCAUGCGCAGAUGGACGGCAACUCGUUUUCAUCCGAGUUUUCGCUGCAAUGGGAACAGAGCGCGUUUUGGCGCGGGAGCCACCGUGCAGCUCUUCUACUCCGGAACGAAGGGCCGUUGGGACCAGCCACGUUAGUGAACGGGUCAUUUGAGCUAGAUGAUCCACGCGCGUUCUACGUGAGUAUCGACCUUGCAAUCGAGCAUCUCCCAGGAAAUAUGAACGGAAUGCGCGUAAUGGCUCAAGUAAAGCCGUCGUGUGUGGGUGAGAGUGGAGUGCAGUCUUCGCCGGUCGCUGAGAUCCCGAUGGUUGACGGGAACAACCCAUCGCUUCGAGUUCGUAUCCAGUACGCCCGACAAGAAGUCACAAUGACGUCUUCAAAGCAGGUCAUGUACAAGAAGAUGAUAGCUGUCGUCGUGAACGACGUGCUGUUGCUCGAGACGCAGUUCGACCUCCAGCAAGCGCUCCGGUUGCACGCCGCUACGGGCGAGUAUUGGAUGGGUCUCGGGUUUUCGUCGGUGGUGCGGCUCACAGACUGGAGUCUGGACAAGUACUCAGCCAAGACGAGCUGGCGAGAAGGCAGCGGCACUCACUUGAGGGAGAACAACACCGCAGUGACUCCGCGCGAGCUGUGGCACGCACUGAACUUGCGUUGCAAUGUGCGCUGGCCGCUGCAAUUGCUCGUGACACCCGACCUACUGCGGUCGUACGGCCACCUGUUCCAGUUCUGCUUCCGGCUCAAGCGAGUCGCCUACGCCCUCGAGUUGGCCUGGAAGAGUAGCACCUUGCGCUCGAAAGCCACCACCGGAAGAGGGAGUACAACCUUUGCUGCUGCCGGUGCACUGCGCAUCCGCAUGAGCUUCGUCGUGCGCACGCUGGAGCUGCACUUCCAGGUGUUCGUGAUCGAGGGCAAAUUCAAGCAGUGCGUGGAGCAGAUCGAGUCCGCCGGCGACUUCGACCGCGCCAAGCGCGUCCACGAGACCUUCGUGGCGAGCGUCGUCAAGAGCUGCUACGUGCACACGAAGACCGUGGCGUCGGCGCUCGACGAGUUGCUGGGCUGCUGCUGGCAGUUCGCCGACUACGUGCUGCAGCAAGACGCCGUGGGCGAUGGCGAGCUGUCCGCAGACCGCGUCGCGCUGCUGGACCAGGACUUCCACCGCCGAUUCGAGUUCCUCUACAGCGUGCUGCAGAUUUCCGAGGCGCGCGACCUGCUCUUCCUGCUGGACAGCAACGGUUUCUUCGCGGCAGAGCGGGAGCGCAGGAAGCACCAG